GUAAGCUCAAGUCGGAACAUACUUUUUUUAGGAGUUACAAACUUCGGGCAUUAUGGCAUCGCGCCGGCAUGUUCGGCGACUGAUGAUUGUCGCAUUGGCAUUAGCGGGCCUCUUAACUUGGCAUCUGCAGUCGGAGACGGAAAAUGCCUCAAUUGUAGUGAAUAAAUAUCCACUACUUUCAAGAUACAUUUCUGACCAUAGGGGAGAUGGCGGAGCUUGGCAUAUCCCCCCUAGUUGGGCAAAUGGAUCUGGUGCUACUGUGGACAACAUUAUCGACGCAGCCACUUUAGCUCUCAAUGCAUCCCGACUUCUGCCAGAGCGGCAGAUUCCCUAUUCUGAUAUACCUCUGAUUGUUCAUCAGACAUGGAAGGAUACCAAGCCCGAGCGAUGGCCAGAGACGUUCCGCCAGAGCACUGAGAAAUGGCUAUCAGGCGUUGAAAGAGGUAACAUGGCUUACUUUUUAUGGGACGAUCAUGGCAUUGCUCAAUUCAUCCGUCACUUUGAACCAGAGAUGGAGAGUCAGUUCUACGCACUACCCAAUAAUGUAGAGCGAUCGGACGUAUUUCGCAUUCUGGUUUCCAAGUGGAUUGGUGGCAUAUACGGGGAUAUGGACACCGAACCUACUCGGCCACCGUACGAAUGGAUUACACCGUCAGAUCUACAGCCCUGGAAAGAUUCCCAGACUGGAGAUGUGUACAACUCCUCCGAGUCUGUCAGAGCUAUCGUUGGUUUAGAGGCGGAUUGCCUACCCGACAGCGAUCUCUACUGGCGUAUGGGCUAUUUCUACCCAAUCCAAUUAACGCAGUGGUCUUUUGCAUGGGCGCCUGGCCAACCCAUUCUACAGUCAUUUAUCGACCGUCUAUUGUCAGCCGCACAGGCAGCUUCAGAAAAGCAUGGAGGGGAUCUUAAGUCAGCCUCGGCCCAAAAGGCUCUAUACGAUAUUGAUCCAUUGAAUCUGACAGGACCUGUGGCUUUCACGGAUUCUGUCCGAGGGUGGUUGGAAGCCGACUGGGAUCUACGAUGGAAUGCCCUGUCAGGACUAAAGGAUGGAGGGCAAAGCAAAUAUGUGGGGGAUGUUCUUGUCCUACCGAUUACUGGGUUUAGCCCUGGAAGAGGCCAGUACGGAAACAUGGGCUCAAAGCCUGUUACAGAUCCUUCUGCUCGAUUAUUGCACCAUGCAACAGGGUCUUGGAGAAAGACUAGCAUUCUGGUUGAGUACGGCAAAUUUUGCCGCACCUUUUUUGGGCGUUGUAGAGACUGGUCCAAAGUGCCUCAAAACUGGCUUAUCUGACCUGGAUACUUGUAUUAAGGUUGCGGCCAACAUGAGGCUUUCUUCAGUACUACUACUUAAUGUCGGAGUAAUGGGAAAGAUGAUAAAUAUUGUUGCAAUUUUUGCGACAAGCAGAAAUACGAAAGAUGUAGUAUCGGAUUUAGGAAGAACUUGUACUUUUCAACAAGAAAACCAAUUUAAUUAGAUAAAAACAGAUCGGAUUCAAGUUUCAGGUCGAUCUGGUUGCACUCUGAAUAAAAAUUACAGUAUUAUGCCU